GGUCGAUGAACAAUACCAAGCAACCUCAUUGUCAACCAAAUAUUUGGGAUCUCGUCUGAAAAGCUUCAGGUAUUAUGUAGUUAUAUGCAAAUCUUACUCACGGUAUAUACAGCUGACUUAGCCGAAAUCUGUCUCUCCUUGCAUCUAACAGUGUCGCCAUAACAUGGGCCAUAUAUAUACAUAUAUAUAUAUAUAUAUAUAUAUAUAUAUAUAUAUAUAUAUAUAUAUAUAUAUAAUAUAUAUAUAUAAUAUAUAUAUAUAUAUAUAUAUAUAUAUAUAUAUAUAUAUAUAUAUAUAUAUAUAUAUAUAUAUAUAUAUAUAUAUAUAUAUAUAUGGCCCAUGUAUAGACAGUUUUCGCAUUUUAAUUGCAUGGAUAGGCGGAAAUUAAAGUGGCAAUCACAUGCAAUGGUUAGUACAAUAAAUCAUUGUUUGGACUCAUGGAUGAAUAAUUACCUAAAAUUGUUGGGGGAAAGCAGUGGAACACCUUAACAACUGUGAUUUAUGGUUACUGAAUUAAUGAAUUAUACAAGUAGUUGCCCUUAUCGUGGUUCAUGUUCCUUAUGUGCGCAAUUUCAUUAGAUCUGAACUCGCCUUAAAUCGCCUAAACUCGCAUUAUCUCGCUGGGAGAUUAGGCGAGUUACUAUCCCAGAGUAGGCUUCCUAAUUUUCAGCUAGCAUGCAUGUGCCUGAGUAUCGUAUUUUACGCUAAGGAAACACCAACUAAUUGAUGAAUCAUGCACAAAUGGAAAACUAGAGAAAACAUUGCUACUGUUUUGGCUAGAAUACAACAAGGAAAAUGCACAUUUAAUUUCAUAAACGGCAUAAACUUUAAACUUAAACUUUGAACUUUGUUUACAACGGCGCUAUUUCAUCGACGCUAUUACAAAUUUCAGCGCUAUUACAAAUAGGUGUAGGGGUUGGUGGUGGUAUAGACCUUGUGGAUUUAAAAGAAUAGAUAACAAAGUUUUAUAAAAAUAUGAUAAAUUUUCUUCAAUCUGGUUUCACAACCGUUUAUUCAAGUUACUCAGCAAAUUGUUCAUACAUAUAUCUUGAAUGCAUGGUUUGACAUAUAAUCCGGCCAAGUAUUUUUCAAAAAUUGCUCGGCAGGAUUAUAUACAAUAUAUUUAUUCUACAUAGGAUUUUUAUUGACAAACCUCAAAAAUAACUUUCUUUACAUUAUUUCAAGGAUUUGCACGGAUUAGGCCCUGCCAAUGUCGAAUAUUUUUUUCCAGAUAAAGUGUAAACUAAAAUUAGAUUUGGGUGCAAUGAGAUUUUUUUAAUUUUAUAUAGUCGUGGAAGUGGAACGAAUUCUGCAACAUUGGUUUCAUUAUAUAUCUACUUCCUCCCAACAUUAAUCCAAGUUGAAAUCGAUAAUGACAACCUUGGAAGACAAUUCCGUGCUGGAUUGGUAUCUUCUACAGGUGCCGGCGUUCAAAGGUUGACAUUGAGGAAUAGAUAUGUUCUGGCAAGAAAUAAUCAGCCAACUCCAGCUGCAAAUGUCGGUAAGUGCAUGAUGGAGAAAAUAGCAUAGUUACAAUAGUUAGGUCAAUCUCGAAAGAAUCUGGAUUGGAAUGCUCCUAUAUUGAUCAAUGGUACAGAAAACUCUACAAGGUUUGGAGGAAUAAAGCCAUUAUAUAGCAAAGAUGAUCUUACUCCUGUCUUAAGGAAGUCAUAUUUUCACCUCGCUUUGUUUGUUAGCUUCUGAGUUUGUGUGCCUAUUUAUAACUUGCAUAAUAAUAAAUCAGUUUGAUAUGAAAUUGGUGGAGCUAAAGGAUUUAAUUUUGGUUCAAUUUCGAGGAAAAUUGGAAAUGAAACCUACAAAUUAGAGUGUUUCCUGGAAUAGUUUUACGGGCUGAAAAUAACUUACUGUGCAAUCAAUCUCGUACCAAUGGAGCCAUCGCUGUUGGAUGUGUAUCUUGUAUGAGAAAUCUUAAACGAUAUGUUCUGUCAUGUUCACUGUAAUAUACUAUAUUUUGUAGCUGAUGUGAAUGAGUGUUCAUCUUCAACUCGCUGUGGUCCUGCUCAACGUUGUGAAAACUACGAUGGAACAUAUCGCUGUUACUGUAACCGUCCUGCACAAAUGAUUACUGAGUCUGGUCAAUGUAUAAGUAAGAACACGAUUUAUUGACUUUCAUUUUUUAGUAAGCAUGAGGCACAAGUAGCCGCAAUUUUGGAGUAAAAGGUUACUGAAUGCCCUGGAAAGCUGUCCCGAUUGAGAUUAAGCUAUUUAUCCCCCGAGAAGUUGGAUAAUUAAAACAAUGCAAAGACUUACGCAGAUCUCUCUCAAGCGGACACCAUUUUAAGCGGUCACAAUCCUCAUGUGGCAUGUUAAUAAAACACUAUUGUUAUAACAACUAUUUAACAGACACCUUCUUUACGGGGACACAUCUCUAGAAUGCCAAAUGUGCGUAUUUUUGACCAUCCAAGGCAAUGUUUUAAAUUUGCAAUUGAAUUAUCAUUUGAAUUACAUUUGCAUUGAUAUAUUACUUCUAUUUUUAGAUGUUAUAACAUUUCAAGGAGUUUUAAUUAUCACAAAUCUGGGCACUUUUGAUCCAAGCCUUCUCAUUAUCAACAGUAUUCCUUGGUUGCGGCUUGCUUUAUCACUCGAAAGUGCGGUAAGUCUUAGAAUUGUACUUGGAGGUGGGCAAUCUUUGGUAGCGGGUAAUUAUCGAACCUGAUAUUUUGUAAAAAAUCAAUAAAUUUGGAUUGCCAAAGCUACCCUUACACGACAUACUAGGCCGUAUUCUGUGUCCCCAAAAGUCGCGUAGAAAACGAUUUUCGUUGCCCCACUUCGAGAACUACUUUAAAUUUACAUGAAUCUAUAAAUUUGUAUACGCUGAGUAUGAAUUCACUUGUUGUCACUCGCAGAAACCCGCAGUUUUUUUUGUAUUUUACGAUCAAACAUCAACAAUUUUUAUUAAAAUUUCCGCCAUUUUAUUCAGGAAACUUCAUGUUAUGUACAGUACAGUUAUUGUACUAGUUCAAGUCAUUUAGCAGGGGGUAGCAUGCGGUAUUACGUUGUUUAUAUCAUUCUUCUGAGAAUAAUAUGCAGAAAUAAAUGAAAAUAUAGAUAUUUUUGGUACUAAAUAAUCAGGAUUUAAUCUAUAUUUCUUUAUUGCAUCAACUUUUGGGUUUUUUGGUUCAUCAUUAUAUGAAAUUGCAAAGUUUGUUACUAUUUCCAUUGACUCUCACUUGUCAUUGGUAAAGAUGUUUAUGUUAUUAUUUAUACUGAAAUUAUGUACGUACAUAAUUGAUAAUUUUACCCUUAAAAUGUGAAUAGGCAAUUUUCCUGGAUAAUUGGCUACUUGAAGUAUUUGUCAACAAUAAAGUUUUGCCGGUUUUAUUAGGAUAGGAACUAGGAAGAGAGAUUUCAAAAGAAAUUUUAACUUUGAAAUCUUCUAAGCGGGUGUUUAUAUGGAGGCGAGCCAGCCCAGGUGAGGUACCCGAGCUAGCUCUCUUUGCCGAGCUGAUUUCAUCUCAUGUUUACAUGAGACUUUUGAGGUGGGCUGGCUCGCCAAAAUAAAUCACUGGUCUCACAGCUAUAAAUAGUAUAAUAUAAAUAGAUUUUUAUAUCUCAAGAUCUUGCCUAGGCAGGCCAGCGCUGUCCUACCUAUGCGAGAUCCCGGUUCCCAUAAUCCCAUAUAAACGCAAGAUGAAUAUUAGUACAUAUUACAUAGCGAUGUUAGAUCUCGGCAAAGGAAGCUGGCUCUGGUAUCCGGGCUGGUUCGCCUCCAAGUCUCUAAUAUAUUAUAAUAUUGUAGUAAUUUAAUGUUGUCAUAAUGUAUGCAUGUAACCUUUUGUAGCAUAGAAUAGCCACAAUGUGGAAAUGCUAUUAAACCAUUAUUAUUGUUUAUUUUUAUUAUUUAUUAUUAUUAAAUAAACACCCCCUAAGAAAAUAUAAGAAUGUUUUUUACAUCAAUAGAUUGAUGUGAAUUGAGUAUUAUUUAAUGUGCAGCUGCAUGUUAUUCAGGAUCUAAGGCAUGGAAAAAAAGAGUCUUUUCUAGGCAGGCCAGCCCAACUGAGCGUUCUCUAGGAUUGGGAUUUUAAUUUUUCUUCGUUUGCUGACACUCAUAACUGUAAUACUCGUAUAAUAAAAAUAAUCUAAUUAAACCACAUUUCUACAAGACCUGUGGGCAAAGCCGCUUCGUUUGUCACUGCGUUGAUGAUUGGAACAGUGUCUCUGAAUAUAUUAGAACUUUAUCUUUUAAUAUAGUUUUAAGAUUGCAAUUAGCAAUAGACCUUACUAUAAUUAUCCUCUUUUACCCAAUGGCCUCGUUUCCAUGCUAACUUAUUUUAGCAUGUCAGGGGCAGAUAAAUAUUAUAUUCUCUCAUGUUUUCCUGGACGAAUUUGUUUCUUGCUGUUCUUAGGCUCAAUAACAUGGUAAUUUUCAACCCUAUACUAAGCACAAAACAUGAGUAAGUGUUUGAGAUGAAAACGAGGCCAUUGGGUAAAAGAGAAUAAUCGGUAAGGUCUAUUCUUAAAUUUUCUGAAUUUUAUCUAAUAAAUCUACUCUUAUAUAUUUUAAUUUUACUGUUCAUAUUUUAUUUUCGGGCCUCACUGAAAAUCACAAUUUGCGAAUGGGCUCCCUGAUGAAUGGACAUUUUUAAUAAAGUAAAGAUAAAUAAUAAAAUAACUGGAAAGAAGGUUUAUGUAACUAAUACAUAUUGGUAGGAAGUGAUGCCAGAUUAAUUUAAAUUUCUAGUGUCUGCCUGGCCUAAAUUUAAUUAUCCUGCCCUUCUCCAGUUGGUAAUGAGUGGCAAAUAGGAUUAGAGCUUAAGGUGAUGAUCUAUCAUGACAAUAUGUUGUAUCUAAUAUUCUUACGCAUUUAAACCUCAAAUGGCUUUAUCAAUUAAUGUUUCUGGGUGGCAUGACUUUGAGAUUUGCUUGUGUGAAUAUAAUUUUCGCUUAGAUGCUUUGUUCCAUCAAGCCCAUGCUUGCCUCAACAGUCUCGAAUAAAUUGAAAAACCAUGCAAGCUAUCUUGCAGUUGUUAUAUGGUAGCUGUAAUAAAUUGGGGCUAUUUCUGCAUGUGCGGCCACUAUUUGCUAAUACUUUAAUAGCAAUAAAGUGAUAAAAAAAUGGCUGGGUUAAUGGUCUAUUCUAUACACGAGCAAAGACGAACAAAGGAAAACAACGACCAACGUAUCAAGCGUCUAUAGACUUUAACAAUCUAGAACGUGAACUAAAAAACGCUACUUCAUUACAUAACUUUAAAAAACUAUUAAAAAGACGGUAUGUGUACGAGGUAUAAACCUCUCAUUCUCUUUCGUCCUCCUAUAUAUGACUUCUUUACUUAUACUUAUCUUUCUCUCUCAAUCUUUAUCUGUUUUCCACUCCAAACGUAUCGCGGCGAAGUGUAACGUAUAUGUAUUUGUUUCGUGAGCAUUCAGAUAGAAUUAGAUGCCCUUGAAACAAAGAAGUGCGUUGUGUUUUCUUUCGAUUGGAGUGGAAAUCAGACUUUAUUAAUACUCUUAAAUAAUUAUAUUGUAUAAAUGUGUUGCUGUAAAUAGUGCAUAAGGGGCCAUUCACAAAGGAUGUCCGGCCAAAUGAUAGAUUUUCAGACCCCUUCCCCCCUUGUUCGACAUUGUCCGAAUUAGCGACCCUCUCCCCAGACAUCCGCCAUGCCUCACAAAAACUCACGCAACCUUGUAUAUGCCAAGAGUAAAAACUUUUUUACUUUUGGAACUUUUUUAUAACUAUAAAUGUAUUGAAGGAAGGAAUUAGAUAAUAUUAUGAAGUGUUCAACUUGAUCCAAGUCUAAAUGGGGAGGAGAGUUCAAAAUAGAGGAAAAAGAAUUUUUUUUUUAUUUUUUUUUUUAUUUUGGACACCCGGAUUGCUAAAAAAUCCCCUCCUCCCCUAUGCCCGAGUUUCUCCUGAUUUUCCAAACCCCCCUCCCCCCUCGGCUCGGACAUCUUUUGUGAAUGGCCCCUUACUAAAUAUUGAAUUAAUAUACUGUAAUUUAAAGUUGCAGGACCCCACUGAAAAACAGUUCGGUGAUGUGGGUAUCCUGGAUAAAUAUGAAGAUAAUAAUACUAAACAACAAAUAGAUCUAACAUUUAUUAAACAACAAUUAAAAAACAUAAGCGUGUCGUGGUUUUAUGUGUGAUAAAAUCAUAAGCGUGUCGUGGUUUUAUGUGUGAUAAAAAUCAUGUUAAUUUACAUAAAGUUUAGCUUUGAUUUUCUCGGAGACAAAGUUUAUUUUAAAAAUUACUUCGCCAAUGAACGCGUAUAAGAUGAGUCGUUUUUUAAGCCUUAAAUAGCUCUUGUAGUCGUGUUUUAUCACAUAUAAAACACUGCGCUACGCGUCGUGUUUUAUAUGUGAUAAGACACUCCUACGCGUGCUUUAAAUACUACAUGUAUAACUGUGCUUUUUAUUCAUUAUUGACAAAAAUUUCAAAGAAAAAUUGCCUGUUCACAUUAUAAGGCUAAAAUUAUGUACAUAAUUUCAGUAAUAAAUAGAAUAAACAACUUUACCAAGGACAAUGAGUCUUUGUGGCGGUCGUUUGCAAUUUCACAUCAAGAUCAGACAAAAAAACCCAAAAGUUGGUGCAAUAGAGAAUAGUACAUUAGUUUCCGAUUAUUUACAAACAUAUAGCAGUACCUUUCGCAUUUAUAUUAUGGAAAAAUUCUGUAUUUUAAUUUUACUUCUGUAUACUUUUCUCAGAAGAAUGAUAUAAUCAGCGUAAUGCCGCGUGCAACCCCCUGCUAAGAGACUUGAACUAGUACAAUAACUGUAUGUAACAUGAAAUUUCCAGAACAAAAUGAUGGAAAUUUUAAUAAAAAAUGUUGAUUUUGAUUGUAAAAUACAAAAAAAACUGCAGGUUUGUACGCGUGACAACAAGUGAAUCCUUACUCAGCGUGUAAAAAUCUAUACAUUUUUGCAAAUUAAAAUUAGUGCCCGAUCGACAGCAGCGUAACUAAACAAAAACCGGUCACAGCAUACGGCCUAGCGACGAGCAACAGAAAUAUGCACACGUCCAAAGGUUGUUAGAGCCCAGAGUAUUCCUGUUAUUCGAGAUAUCGAAUUUUCGAUAUCCCGUUAGUGAUGCCCAUGCUCUUUCUCUACCAUACGUUAUUAUUUAAGAAAUAGAAAAUGAGUUGCGUAUGUUUAUAGUGUGAUAAUGCACGCAGUUAAUGUUGAAAGCGUGUAAGACACGAGGCGUAGUCGAGUGUUUUACACGCUUCUCGAGUAUUCUUUCAAUAUUCCCGAAUGUAUUAUCACACCAUAAACGCAUGAGACAAGUUUUUCUAUUUCUAUUAUAAUAUAAGUAGAAGAUAUUACAUAGCAAACAAUUUUACUCCAAAGAACAACUUUGAGUUUCUCAAUCAAUUGAAGCUGCUUUGGUAAACAGAAACCUCGAAUUUGCGAUAAAAAAUGAGCAGUUUGAUUUAUUUUGAUUUGUCGUAGCCGGAAGGCAUGUGCAUGCUUGCUGCUUUGCCAGAUGGUUGUGGGAAAUCACUGAUUUAUUCAGACGUACAUGCCCUUUCUUAUGGCGUUGAAUCCUCGACCGUUUUUCGAAAGACGAAGUUUUCCAAUAGACUAACAUCAUUAAAAAUUCAGCAACUUAAAGUAUACCAACAUCAUCAAUACAUAUUCAAACUGCCUUUUCUACCAACUUCGUAACACUUAGUAUUUUGAUAAAGUACGAAACAACGUUUAACUAAUAUUUAGUCAUCAUUAAGAAAACUAUAGUUUAUGCAAGAAUGGUUUACUGGACUAUACUCAUCUGAUGCAAAAUGAGUACUUUGUUGUCUUCCUUGUCUUGGAUUUAACAUACUAUUGUUGACCGCAUCUUUAUUGACGUCUAUCUGCAAAAUCUCAAGCUAAUUUUGCAAUGGAAUUAUAUCGCUUUUGUUUUCAUUUUUUAAGUUUUAAAGUCAUUUAGAGCAAAAAGGUUCAGGUCUCGAAGAUUUUGACGAUCUCUUAUUUAUCUCUUAUUGUAGAUUAACGCGGCUUAUAGAAGAAGCAACCUUGCCAGUAAUUACAGAGGCUGUCAAGUUACGCGUUUUAGGUAAUUUCAUACGUUAUUAUUUAAAAGUAAUAAUUCUUUCGCCUUUGAGAUCUUUUAUUGAAAUAAAAUUAGCCUUUCAAGUUACAAACGUCGUUUGAAUAUUAUACAUCAUGUCAUCAGUGUAUAAUACCUGGUGCAACUAACAGUUCUUGAAAACUAUUUCCCCUCCACUUGUGGACCGUUAAAUGGUAAUGUGCGUAUGCUCUACCAUAUAUUCAAGACUUAUAAAGAGGCCAUGAUCAAGCUUUAAGCCUCACAGCUUUUCCUGAAGAAAAUCUUCAAAUGCGCUUUAUGUCAAGUAUUACGUUUACCUAAUAAUUACAUACUUAGCCUAAACUAUUUUAUCUUUACAACAAUUGUGAUAUUACCUCCUUAACUGUGUUUAUACUAACCCACCCUGUCAACUUUCCCCUUGGGAGGAAACCGGAACACCCCAAGAAAACCCACGACUUUCGGUAGAGCGUUGACUGACUCUUUUCCUUAUCGAGAAUCGAACCCACGAACUCAGAGGUGAAAGGAGCUUGCUUUGGCGACUACGCCGCCGAUAUCCCAUGUACAAUAUCGUUAUUUUACUUACAGGGAAGGAUCAGUGAUUGCAACAUACCUAGCUACAUUUGAUCCAGCAAGCAAAGAAACGGUCUCAAAUGCCCAAGCUGCUAUACAAACUCAACUUAGCGAGAACGUUAAUGGAACUUUCCUUGGGCAAUAUCAGCUAUCCGGAACCAGGCAGACUGCAAUAAUGUAUCAAGGUAAGUCGAUCUUUUCAUUUCGUAAGGAGAAACUGUCGUCUUAGAAGCAUAUAUAGCCCGCGUGCAGGCCCAGGGAAGAAUAGUGGGCCCGCAAGCAAGACCCGGUAUUUUGUAAAACGCCCCUUUUCAUAACACGCCCCAUUCGCGCGUCAAUUGUCAAAAAAGAACCAAUGACAGCAACCCAAAUAGUAACAAACAAACUCGCAUUCAAAUGUUGCGGGGCGGGGUUUCUGCUUAUUCAGAAUAGAUUAUAGAAACAAUGUGUAAAUGCUGCGUUUUAACUCCAGAAAAGCAAGCAACGCAGUCAGUAGUUAAUUGCCAAAUUUGCAAGUGCUCAUUUUUAACGAAAAUCGGAACCGGCAAAUUAGGACGAAUUUCAACAGAAAACCAGUCUCAAACUUCAAAUCGUGAGGAAAGUCGUGCGGCCACAUUAGCAUUAAUGUGUGCUUCGCUGUCGCCAUUGUUAUAAAUAAAUUGUCUCACUUACUGUAUCAGAUCGUGUGUGCAAUUCUUGUUGGCGGCGGAAAGUACGAAAUUUAUUUCAGUUAUGUCAUUUGGUAAAGAUCUCGAGAAAACAAGAGAGCGUUCAGAGACCAGAUCGUUUCGUUUCAAACGGCAAUUACCGUCUUCUGUUUCGCUCUCUCAGCGAAGUCCUGGAAAUCGCAAAGUGUUUCGAAUAGGCUUACAUGCAACUGCCUCUAAAUCUUCACCGCGAAAAGCGCUGUUUUCUUCAGUGCAAGAACAGAGUCAACAUCAACCAAAAGAUAAUUUUCUUGAGGGACAUAUAACGUAUCAAGUCUGUUUGAAAUUAACGAAACUCAAGUAAAGAUUGCUAUAGCUUACCGCAGUGGUAAUGUUGCUAUUCCAACACUUCACGACAAGCAAUCCCGGUUGGCAUAACGGCAAAAACAUCUCUUCCUUCAAGUAAACGAUCGAUAAACAGUCUGUUGUUGUUCCAUUUUUAAAGUGCAUAUGACAUGAAUAUGAUUAUUUUCUUAAAUGAAAGAACUCUUUAAGCUGUAGUAUGACUUAUUUUUCAGUUUCUUGAUUUUGUGGUUUGACCCCGUGAUAUUUCAAUUUGUUUGAUAUGUAAAUGAGUGUGAGUAUGUCCCUAACUUAUGACGUCACUUUGGUUGCAAGCAGGGGCGUAGGAAGCACCUGGAGUUUGGGGGGGCACCGGCUUGUAGGGGCACAUUACUAUCGGAAAGGGCACCUAAAAAAUUUUUCCCGGAAAUGUUGUCGACGGGGGGGGGGAGAAAUUUCUCCUGAGGAAAAUUUUUCGUCGUAUCAUACCGAAAUUUAUGUUUGUGACCUAAUUUUUAAAAAAAAUUUGUAAAUGUCCACACAAAAAACGGCCAAAAAUGGUUCAAUAUCACUGCUAUCAUCCAAAACAAUAAUUUCAAACUUCUCUCACUGGUAAAUGUGAUGAAACACUGGAGAAAAACGUGAACUGAUAUCUACAGUUUUUAGAGUUAAUAGAUUUAUAGCUAGUGUAAUUUGAGCUUGCAACCAAAGUGACGUCAUAAAUUAGCGGACAUAUUCACACUCAUUUACAUAUCGAACAAAUUCAAAUAUCUCGGGAACAAACCACAAACACAAGAAACUGAAAAAUAAGUUACUCUAUAGCUUAAAGAGUUCUUUCAUUCAGGAAAAUAUUCAUGUUCAUGUCAUAUGCACUUUAAUCGAAAAAAUGAUCAGAUCCAAUUUUUAUAAGCUUAGCGAGAGCCUUUGUGAUGAAUCACUGAUCCAAUUAUAGAAUCCAACAAUUAUAGAACGCGCAAAGUACAAAAUACCGGGUCUUAAUGCUUGCAGGCCCACUAUUCUUCCUUCGGUGGGCCUGCACGCGGGCUAACAGUAAGAUGAGUGAACCAAAUUUUAAUAUUUUUAGCCGCGGAGCGUUUUAUGUCUGAUAAAACACGACGAGUGUACUCCAAAACACGAAAACGAGUGGACUAAAAUAUGUUUGGGAAAUUGGUAAUUUUGUAAUUAAAGUGAUCUUUUUAGGCGAUUUUUCGUUUGUAAAAAUAUUCUUAAAAAAUUAUCUUGUUACCAUGAUAACUACUUUAAAUACUUCAUGUUCGGAAAAUAAAUUUUGUCAGAAGGCGAGGGUUUCUGCAUGCAUGUAUUUUCUGGUUGCCUAACUAACCAAUAGCAAUGUUUUAGGAAAGUUUAUAUAUUCUAUCCGCGACUCGAACAAUAGGGUAAAAAUAUUGGCAAAAAUACAAUACAUGCACACGUGACCGGGAAGGACCAGAUUUACGAAUAAACGUUGACUAACAUGGAUAAUUAGUUUUAGUAUAAAAUUUGCAUAUCAAAUAAGCUUUCGCGCGUUCUGAUCGGCUAGUUGACUAGAAAAUCUGACGCUUUAUUUACCACCGGACUAUAGUAAAUAAUGCUUUUCAAAAAGAAUGAUUCGGCAAAUUUGGUUUCAAAAUCGACGAAAUAUUGAAAAAAUCGUCCCCAGAAAAAGAAAAAAGCACAAAAUGUUGUAUUUAACUUGAAAGGUAGGAUCCAUUAUUAUUUUACUGUAUCAAAAAUUUUCACGAACAAUUUAAAACUUAUUUAAAACUCCGAAACUUAGGUAACGUUUACUUCAAACAAAGAGCAAAAACUAUCCCGACUUUGGGAAAAGCCGUGAUAUUCUCUUUUAAAACAAUUUUGUUUUGUAUCCUAUAGAUGUCUCAAUUUGUACGAUCCUAUUUCUUUUGAUAUGUCGUGUUUUAAUUGUGCUGUAUGGUGUCCUGACGCUGUAUUGUGUUUUCGAAACUUGUAAAGUGAAAAGUGUUAUUAAAACUUUAUUUCGAACAAUAUAGUUUUACAUUUCAUUUUACCAAAUUUCUCAACCAUUUCCUGAACAAAUUAAUGCUAAACAGAAACUAUUUUUUAAACCUAAGUCUGGUAAAUAGUCAUUGUGUCUAUAUUCCAAGCAGAAAUCGAGAAAAACAACUUUGAAAUAAAGCAAUAAAGUCACACAAGAAGCCAUUUUAAAGUCCAUGCGUGUACAAGAAACACUGCAACACCAAAAUAGUAACCGUGAACUGGCCGAAAACAGUUUUAUUUCUGAAUUUUAAUUAAACUCAUAUUUGGAUAUUUUGUUUUAUUAAUUAAAAAUUUAUACUAAAACAAUUAUUCGCCUCAAGCUCAACGAUCAUAACGGUGAUUAUUAUAUAUCAAUAGUCAAAGUCGCAUUUUUCUAGUGUUUUAUUGCAUGGUUGAGAGCAUAUCACGUGAGAGUGACGAAAUUAGGCUGUCUCCCUUGCAACAGCGCGAGAGGGAAACAAUACGUUAUCGACCGGCGAGUAACAAAAAAAAUCACGUGCGCCAUCACGUGAAGAUGCGACCUUUGGACAUGCCUAGUAUGUAAUUAAAACUUUCACUUUAAGUAACUGUAGUGUAGCCAGUGUUUAAUAUAACGUUUUAACAAUAAAAUAUUUCAUGUAUUUACGUCCACAUGUGCUUUAAUUUGUUGUUUCUUUGACUAUUGGUAUAUAAUAAAACACUUAUUUACUGAGACCUCGGGAAAGCAGUGUGUUUUGUUGACCCUCGGCCGUCGAUGUUUCCCUCGGUUUCUCCUCGGGAAACAUCGACGUUCUCGGGUCCACAAAACACACUGUUUCCCUCGGUCUCAGUAAAUAAGUGAUAAUUAUUAUAUAUCAAUAGUCAAAGUCGCAUUUUUCUAGUGUUUUAUUGGUUGAGAGAAUAUCACAUGAGAGCGACGAAAUUAGGCUGUCUCCCUCGCAACAGCGCGAGAGGGAGAUAAUACGUUAUCGACCGGCGAAUAACAAAAAAAAUCACGUGCGCCAUCACGUGAAGAUGCGACCUUGGACAUACCUAGUACGUAAUUAAAACUUUCGGUUUAAGUAACUGCAGUGUAGCCAGUGUUUAAUAUAACGUUUUAACAAUAAAAUAUUUCAUGUAUUUACGUUCAUUUGUUCUUUAAUUUGUUGUUUCUUUGACUAUUGAUAUAUAAUAAGACACUUAUUUACUGAGACCUCGGGAAAGCAGUGUGUUUUGUGGACCUUCGACCGUCGAUGUUUCCCUCGGCUUCGCCUCGGGAAACAUCGACGGUCUCGGGUCCACAAAACACACUGUUUCCCUCGGUCUCAGUAAAUAAGUGAUAAAUAUUCACCUCAACUUCGUCUCAGUGAAUAUUCACCCGUUAUCAAUUCGCCUUCCGCGAAUAAUUGUUAGAUAUAUUGUUAUUCUAAAGGUUUCACAGCCAUCUUUCCUUCGAUAGGCAAUGAUUAAACGCAGAGUAAACCUAUGGUGGAAAUUCGACCAAAUGAAUAACAAAGCCUGCCAAGGCGCGCAUGAAGACGAGCAACCUACGAUUACGUAUAUCCUGUGUCAAAUUAUGAUCGUGUGCAAAACGUUUAUUUAGUUUCAACCGCUAAUGGCAGGACCAUAGACAAUCUUUAGUUUGUAGAGAUGCAACUACCUUAAAAAAUACGAAAAAUACAAGGAGAAUUUUGACGUUUCGAGCGAAUAACUGUCACUUCAGACGAAGGGCCUUCACUCCAAAAAUCAAAAUUCUCCUUAUAUAUUUCAGGUACUGGCACAGACAGUUCAAAAUUGAUGACCAUCAAUCUUUUUGUUUUUGUAAUUCGCAAGGCCAUGUGAUGUAUAGCACAUUUCUCCUAUAAAACAUAUUAUUCCCAUUAUAUUUAUGGUGCUAAAGACACAGUUCAGCCUUUUUGAAUGAUGGUUUUGAAGACGCAUUUCAGCCUUUUUAAUUGAAAAAACUAACUAGGAAAAUCAAUUAUACAUAAUUCAAGAUCAGUAAACUCAAUGUUUUUAACAAUAAAAAUGUUUUAAAAUGUUAAAAACAUUAAGUUUGCUGAUCUUGAAUUAUACAUAAUUGAUUUUCCUAGUUAGUUUUUUUUAAUUAAAAGAGCUGAAAUGCGCCUUAAAACCAUCAUUCAAAAGGCUGAACUGUGCCUUUAAAUCGUACAUUUGACUAUUGCUUGUGAGAAUAGCUAUAUACUGGAUGGAACAGGCUGUAGGAGCAACUUCGACGUUAGCAUGGGUACCUCUAGAAACUUCCCAAUGUCUUUUGGCAAAUUUUUUAUUCGCUGUAGUCAUUUGCUAUACCCAAUUGCAAAAUUGACUUCUUUAAGGGUUGAUUUCUAAAAUUUCCCCCGGCCUCCCCCUAGUUCACACGCUGCUCGCAAUGUAGGCUGGGAUGACUGAUAAUUACUUUGCCUAGAGGCAAGGUGGACGGGGAAACAUUUCAAGAUUUAUUAUUAUGUAACCUGCAAAAAUGUAAUGAUAUUUGAUUCCCAAAUAGAUUAUGAUGAAUGUAAUCCUGCAUCAAACAUUCAUAUUCAAGACUGUGGUACUGGAGCAACAUGUACUAAUGAAGUAGGAACAUAUUCAUGUCAAUGUGCUACUGGUUAUACAGGAACUCCGCCUAAUUGCACAGGUAUGUAUAUAAGAUGUAAGAUGAUAAGAUGUGAGAUAUCACAGGUGUCAUAGAAUAUUAGAUUAAUCGUUACUGUUUAAGUUAAAUGGUGGGGGUAAUGUCUCUCAAAGGUUUUAAACAAUAUAGAACAAAAUACGUCUUGACAUAUAGUAUCAUGAAACCACAGAUAUGGGUAAAAGCAAACCGUGAAUGAAUUCAAGAUGACAAUGGCUAUUUAUGCCAUACAAUCAAAACAUAGGAAACUUAAUGUUUUCGUCUCCGAUUGUGUUUUGUUUUUAUAUUUGUUUCUAACUAAGUAGAUUUAUGUAGUCGGGGCGCUAGGCUAUUUUUACAAAAAUAAACUAAAUGGAUGUCCGUUUCUUUUCCUUCUACAGCUUUUACAAUCCUACCAUUGUAUUUCGGUA